AUCAGCCCAUAUCUGACGACGGCAAAAUAACAACAGGAAUAAUUAGCCAUGAAAAUGAAGAAAGAUUUGUUACUAUUCUUUAUAUCUGUGGUGUUAAGCAGUUAUAUGGUUCAUGGGAAAGAUGGACAUUGUUCAUGGUAUGGUGAAUGUGGUGACUCACCGACGGGGAGAUACAACUGCUUGUAUACAGGGCCAGCCAAAGUUUUAAACAACGAGACAGGAUUAAAAAUUCUCAAGACUUAUUGUCCAGAUUUACUUGAGGAAAAUGGCGAUACUUACACAUGCUGUGACACAGAUCAGUUGAUAACUAUUCAGAAGAAUAUGGGACUGCCACAACAGUUCUUCCUACGAUGUCCCUCCUGUUACCGUAACUUUCUCAACUUAUACUGUUACCAGACUUGCUCAAAUAACCAGAGCAAUUAUGUAUACAACGUGAAAACAGAACCAAUGCCUACCAAUGAAACCAAAACACAAAUUACAAAAAUAGACUAUUUCAUUACACACACUUAUGCUAACGGUAUGUUUAAUUCCUGUAAGGGAGUUCAGAUGCCAAGUGCUAAUGAACGAGCGAUCACGGUUUUCUGUGGCCAUCCUGCUGAUCAGUGCACUAUUAAGAACUGGCUACAAUACAUGGGAGAUACAACUAAUGGACACACCCCUUUUGAUAUCAACUUCAAUAUCACCAAUACACCAGUAACUCCAAAUACAACAAAUAUGACAUUUUAUCCCAUGGAUGUCACUACUUCUCUUUGUAAUGAAACUGCUCUCAACAAGUCUGCUUGUAGUUGUCAAGAUUGUACCCUUAGCUGUGCUCCGAUGCCACCUUUCCCAAAACCUCCGAAACCAGCGACCAUAUUGGGCUUCGACGCCUGGUACUUUAUCAUGUGUAUAUUGUAUAUAAUUUUCGUAUUGUUUUUUGGAACAUACGGAUUAUGUUACAAUAUCAUAUCUCGGAAUGCUUUUGGAAUCAAACAAAAAAGAUAUAAUAGUAUAGAAGAAAGACCUCCUGGUAGAACUGGAAGUAUAAAUGGCCAUGGACAAUCAAGGAUGAAAAAAUUGUCAGCGCCACUUGUCCAGGAAAAGGAUAUUAACUGUUUAGAAAAAAUCGGAGCUGGCGUUGAGAAAUUUUUGAGGAACAUGUUUCUAACAUGGGGGUUAUUUGUAGCACGACAUCCUGUAAUCGUAAUUGUACUUGGCGUACUCAUCGCUGGAGCUUUGUCGGCAGGACUAUACUUUUUCAAGGUCACAACCAACCCAGUAGAUCUUUGGUCUGCUAAGAACAGCAGGGCACGCACAGAGAAGGAUUACUUCGAUUCCCAUUUCGGGCCAUUCUACAGAACUGAACAACUGAUUGUGACCAGACCAAACAAUGAUACCAUAGUUAAACAUAAGAAUCCAGGAUCCCUUGUCUCAUAUACCAACUAUACUUCUUUGUUUGAUAAGGAGUUUUUACAUAUGCUAUUGGAUCUUCAACUUGAAAUAGAAAACUUAACAGCGACCUACAAAGGGGAAACGGUUCGACUACAAGAUAUUUGUUUCAAGCCACUCGCUCCAGACAAUAACAACUGUACAACAGAGAGUGUGUUAGAAUACUGGCAGAAAAGUCAUGAAAAUAUUGACAAAUUAGCAUAUACUCCAGAUAGAUGGUUUGUCAAGGCAGAUUACCUUGAUCAUUUCCAUUUCUGUGUCAGUGCCCCAGCAUCUACACAAGAUACAGUUGGACUGAAUAUUUCAUGUCUGGCCACUAAUUCAGCUCCUAUAUUUCCAUGGGUUGCCAUGGGAGGAUAUGAGGGUUUAAAUUACCAAGACUCAACAGCGUUUGUCAUCACAAUUCUGGUCAACAACCACCUUAAAGAUGAAGACAAUGAAAAAGCUAUGGCGUGGGAGAAAGUGCUUAUAGAUUUCAUGAAGACCAGACAAAAUGAUUUGAACAUGACGAUUGCCUUUAACACGGAGCGAUCAAUUGAAGAUGAAAUAAACAGGGAAAGUAGCUCUGAUAUUUGGACAGUUUUGGCUAGCUACCUGAUUAUGUUUGGGUACAUUACAAUUACUCUUGGGCAGUAUGGAACGUGUGAAAAUCCACAAAAACUACUGAUUGAUUCCAAGAUAACAUUAGGACUAUCAGGAGUUACCAUUGUACUAUUAUCAGUAGCUGCCUCCCUUGGGACCUAUAGUUACUUUGGAAUACCAGCAACACUUAUCAUCAUAGAAGUUGUACCAUUCUUAGUCCUGGCUGUUGGUGUGGACAACAUCUUUAUUUUAGUCCAGGCCUAUCAGCGAGAUACCAGACCACCAGGUGAAAGUUUAGAAGAACAGAUAGGCAGAAUUGUAGGAAGAGUGGGGCCAAGCAUGUUACUUACUAGUUCUGCAGAAUCCAUAGCUUUCUUCCUGGGUGCCCUGACAAACAUGCCUGCAGUAAGAGUUUUUUCCCUAUAUGCUGCCCUGGCAGUUUUAAUUGACUUUUUGCUACAGAUUACAGUAUUUAUUGCAUUAAUGACAAUUGAUGCCAAAAGACAAGAGGAUGAUAGAUUUGACGCAUGUUGCUGUAUUAAAGAACCAGGAAGUAAGAAGGAGAAACAUGAAGGCUGGCUCUUCUAUUUAUUCAAGAAUUUCUAUGCACCAUUUAUCCUGAAGGAAUAUGUUAGACCGAUAGUGGUACUUGUGUUUACAGCCUAUUUCUUUAUUAGCGUAGCAGUAUUACAUAAAAUUGGAUUAGGAUUGGACCAGAAACUCUCCAUGCCUGAUGACUCUUAUGUAUUGAGAUAUUUUGGAAAUGAAUCUACAUACCUCCAUGUCGGUGCACCUGUGUACUUUGUUGUGAGAGAAGGACACGAUUACACAACAAUGCAAGGACAGAAUGCUCUGUGUGGGGGCAAUGGAUGUCCUCAAGACUCACUGGUUGGUCAGCUCUACACUGCCAGUAAAUUAGCUAACUAUACAUAUAUAGCCCAGCCUACUUCUUCCUGGAUAGAUGAUUUCUUUGAUUGGUUGGCUCCAGGAGGAAGUCCUCCCUGUUGUAGACUGUUCCCUAAUGGUACUUUCUGUCCUGCUACAGUAGUUGACAAAACCUGUACAGCUUGUCCUGUGCACAAAAAACCUGAUGGAAGACCCACUCCACAAGAUUUCAUGAAAUAUCUACCAAUUUACUUGAAGGAUAAUCCAGGGACCAAAUGUGCUAAAGGAGGUCAUGCUGCAUAUGGAAGUGGAGUUAAUUUGAUUCGCAACAAAACACAAGUAGGAGCAACCUAUUUUAUGACCUACCACACUAUACUGAGGACGAAUGAGGACUUCAUUGGAGCUUUGCGUGAAGCUAGGAAGAUAGGAGAAAAUAUAACAAACACCAUCACUACUAAAACUUCUAAUGCAACUGUAUUCCCAUACAGUAUUUUCUAUGUAUACUACGAGCAGUACCUGACAGUUGUACACGAUACCAUAUUUAACAUCGCUUUGUGUAUGGUAGCCAUCUUUGUUGUCACCUUUAUCCUGAUUGGAUUCGACUUUUUCUCUGCCAUAAUGAUUGUUCUUGUGGUAUCCAUGAUUGUUAUUGAUAUAUGUGGCAUGAUGUACUUCUGGGAUAUUACACUUAAUGCUGUUUCAUUGGUCAAUCUUGUGAUGGCUGUUGGUAUAGCUGUUGAAUUUUGUGCUCAUAUAGUCCGAGCUUUUGCUGUGAGUUUACAGCCAACCAAACUAAUGAGAGCAGAGGAAGCUCUUGCACAUAUGGGAAGCUCUGUACUUAGUGGUAUAACAUUAACUAAGUUGGGAGGAAUUAUUGUUUUAGCUUUUUCUAAGUCCCAGCUUUUCCAAGUAUUUUACUUCAGAAUGUAUCUUGGAAUGGUAUUGUAUGGUGCUACACAUGGUCUUAUAUUCUUGCCAGUGUUACUCAGUUAUAUAGGUCCACCAAUAAAUAAAGCCAAACUUUAUGAUGCUCAACAAAGAAGAAAACAUUUGUCUGCAGACUCAGACAAUGAUGACAUUAAUUCUUCUCGACAGAAUCUUGUGAGUGAUAGUGGUGCUCCGCCAGAUUAUAACACCUUAGCUGAUCCAGCACUGUGAUAGAAAUAUCUUCUCUCUCCUAAAUAUUACAGAGUUAUCUGCUCUUUAUUUGUUCAGGAGUAGAUUAUUCUAUUGAGCAAUUGAUCCAUCGGUUAUAAACAAUUGAUCCAUCGAUUAUUAACUUUUGAUCCAUCGAUUAUAAACAAUUGAUCAAUCGAUUAUAAACAAUUGAUCUCUGAGAUUAUUAACUUUUUUUGUCAGGACAAAAUUAUGUAUUAAAUUGUGGAUUACAAUCAUGUAAAUUAUUGGUUAUAAAGGAGGUAUUUUAAUGUACUCUUAAGAUUUAUUAAUUUUCUACCUUCUGAUUUUCUUGAAUAACUGAUACAGAAGUGGGUUUACGUUGAAUGCAUCAUCUGAACUCUGAACUAAAAUUUGCACUGUUAUUGUAUUGUUGUCAUGUUUUAGACAAAUAAUUUGGUAGAUGGAAUAUUUGUUGGCUUUAUUUUGAGGGUCUGGAUGGGGUUUACAGAAAAGAGAAUAAUGGACCAAAAAAAUAAAGAAUAGAGAAACAUAAGCAAAAAAUAUAAAGAAUGGAAAAAAAAUCAAAGAAUACAGAAUUGAAGGAACCCCAUCCAGACCCUCUAUUUUGCAUACAGUCUUAAGGAAUAUAAUGUUGACAAGAGUUCUCUGUUAACAUUUACAUAUUUCUUUGAUGUCUUAUUUUUUUUAUGUCAGGAUGAUAAUCUUGAGUCUUAUUCCUAACUGCUUAUUAUUAAUAUGCAUUCCCAGAUUUGAUCGACACUAUUGAUAUAACUCAAGAACUUCUAUUUCAGUAUAAAAAUCAAGUUGAAGCAAAAUAUUGUAAUCCAUUUACAUUUUUUUUCCAUAUUUUAAAGGGUAAACAAACAUUACUAGGUUUGCUGUCUGUCUCAACGCAAUUGUCCAAAACAAUCUGGAGUUGUUUCCCUUUGACUACCAGUGAAAAAAAAAACUCCAGAGUAACUGCUGUUUACUUUUAAAUUGCAAAAAUCUGUUUGAUUGCAGAGUAACUGCUGUUUACUAAAUUAAAUAUUUUUUCUAUUGCAUAUAGUAAUAACUUUUUGUUUUUUGAUGCAGUAUGUCUCAUAAGUCGAUCUAAAAUUUUACCGAUCAUAGCAAAUUAUAUGUUAGAUUUGUUUUUUGCUGUUAAAUUAUUAAGGCAAGGAAUAUGAAUAGCCAUAGUAAAAUUAGGUCAUUUUUACCUAAUGAUAAAUCAAAAUUCAGGAAUGUCAAAUUGAAGUAAAAAUAUUCUGAAACUAUUAUGAUCAAAACAAACAAAUAAAGAUUUUAUUUAAUUUGAUCAUGAAAGAGAACAAAUUCAUCAUCCUCGUCAUUAUUAGCUCACCUGGCCCAAAGGGCCAAGUGAGCUUUUCUCAUCACUUUGCGUCCGUCGUCGUCGUCCGGCGUCGUCUGUUAACUUUUACAAAAAUCUUCUCCUCUGAAACCACUGGGCCAAAUUUAACCAAACUUGGCCACAAUCAUCAUUAGGGUAUCUAGUUUAAAAAAUGUGUCCGAUGACCCCGCCAACCAACCAAGAUGGCCGCCAUGGCUAAAAAUAGAACAUAGGGGUAAAAUGUAGAUUUUGGCUUAUAUCUCUGAAACCAAAGCAUUUAGAGUAAAUCUGACAUAGGGUAAAACUGAUUAUCAAGUCAAGAUCUAUCUGCCCUGAAAUUUUCAGACAAAUCUGACAACCUGUUGUUGGGUUGCUGACCCUGAAUUGGUAAUUUUAAGGAAAUUUUGCAGUUUUUGGUUAUUAUCUUGAAUAUUAUUAUAGAUAGAGAUAAACUGUAAACAGCAAUAAUGUUAAGCAAAGUAAGAUCUACAAAUAAGUUGUCAUGACCAAAAUUGUCAGUCGACCCUGUUAGGAGUUAUUGCCCUUAAUAGUCAAUUUUUAACAAUUUUUUGUAAAUUUUUGUAAUCUUUUUUCAAAAAUCUUCUUCUCUGAAACUACUAAGACAAAUUUAACCAUACUUGGCAAUAAUCAUUAUUAGGAUAUCUAGUUUAAAAAAUUUGUCCGAUGACCCCGCCUUCCAACCAUCAUGGCUGACUUGGUUAAAAAUAGAACAUAGGGGUAAAAUGCAGUUUUUGGUUUAUAUCUCUGAAACUAAAGCAUUUAGAGCAAAUCUGACAGGUGGCAAAAAUGUUCAUCAGAUUUAGAUUUAUCUGCCCUGAAAUUUUCAGACGAAUCCGACAACCCGUUGUUGGGUUGCUGCCCCUGAGUUAGUAAUUUUACAAAAAUUUUGCAGUUUUUUGUUAUUAUCUUAGAUAUCGUUAUAAUAUCUAAUAUCUAAUACUAUUAAUUAUGAUUUUAACCUUAUUUUACAUGAUUUCCAAAGCAUCAGUAAAUACAGGUGAGCGACACAGGCUCUUGAGAGCCUCUAGUUUUUUUAUUGUCAUUGUUCACUUCUUCAUAAAUGUUGCAUUUUUGUGUGUGCCUUUAUAACAAAUCUAAUUCAGGAUCACAAUGUAUAAACAUAUUACUCCACACAAUUAUAACUAUAGAUUAUCAAUGGUUUUUCAAACAAGAGUGAAUUUCUCAGCUUCAAUCUCAUCGAAGGGCAAGAAACAUCCUUGAGUUUGAAACACCAUUGAUAAUCCAUUUAUCGUUAUUUUGCCUAUAACUUUGUUAGUGUUUACAUUGACAACGGCACAUGCGCCCUUAGUUUCUGAUGAUAGUUUUCUAUCUCAAGCGAGUAGCGUGAUUUGAAAAAUUAUCACAAGAAAAGAUCAGAGGAAAAAUACACAAAAUAGUGAUAAUUACACUUUAUCAUUGUAGUAUACUCAUGUUUUGAAUGUUUGAUGCUUUCAUAUAUAACAGCAACAGAACAAAGAAUUAAGUACUAUUUUCAGGGAAAAAUGUAGGGGGGAUUUGAUAACAAUAUUUUUUAUACUACAUCAUCCAUAAUUUUCAUUUUCAUUUGUAAGAGAUUUGUAUUUGUUGCCAUCCCUAUUACCCACAGAAAACAAUAAUGUAGUGUCUAACCUUCCAGUAAACUCUUCCUUGAAUAUCCCUACAGUAAAUUGCAGGGUAAACUUGUGAUACUAUCAUUUUCUGCUAAAUAUAUAGCAUGAGGCCUUUAUACAUCAUCUUUUGGCAGUAUGAACAGAACUGACGGAAAAGACUAAUCAAAUGGCAUGUACUUAUCAAAUUCAUAGUCUGGUUGUGAAAUGCCAUUCUGUGUGGGUUUUUUCUCCAUAGGCAGACAAGUUUUAACAGAUUUAGAUUUAACAUUAUGGCACUUAUACCAUUAGAAUGUAAAAAGUUAUACUGUAAAUUCACAAAUUAUUGCAAGGUUUUUAUCAAUUUGAAUAAUGCGACUAGGUGAGUAUCACAAUAAUUAGAACUCACAUCUGAUAUCUGAUACAAAUAUCUCUAUGCAGCUUUUCCUGAAAUCACAAUAAUUAAUCUCUCAUUUUUGUCCAUUCUUCAAAAAUAGCAAUAAUAAUAAGCACGCAAUAAUUUAAUUUCUGAAGUUACAGUAUUCACUAAGACCAAAGAUCAAAUUGAAAUUAGAAUUCUUCAUUAAUCAUUUAUAACAGGUAUAAUACAUGUAAAUGUAUAUGUUUAUGAUGAUUUCUUUUUUUUUUUAAAUUAAGUAAAUAAUUGAAACAUUUUUCAUUUGAAAUUGAUAAUUAUUUGUUUGCAUUGACAAUUACUAAGCUCAAGGUCAGUAGAUAUAUUAUUAAGAUUUUAAAAUGUACAAAAUACUAUGUAUUGAUUAAAUUCUUUGGAUAUGUGAAUCAAUUUACAUGGAUUUGAUGGCUUUGAGGAAAAAUGAAUAUAAAUACUCCUUAAAACACAAAUUUAAGGUACAGUCAGAGGUCAAAAGUUUUGCACACCUUGAACAUUAGUCUUAUAUUUUUCUCAUAAAAACACAUUGAAAAAAAUUAUCCUUAAGUCAUUUCUUCUCAAAUUUGAAUGGAAUUUUUACGAUUGAAUUCAGAAAUAUCUAGUUUCUUGCAAUAAUUUGAAAUAAUUUUUUGAAUUAUAUUUUUAAAGAAACCACUGUUUAAAGACAAAGCAUGCAAAUAUAUAUGGAUAUAAAGCAUGUGAAGGGAACAAUUUCAACAUAUCAUUUCCCAGUAAUGACACUUCAAAAAAUAGUUCAUAAUUACCAUGAAAAACUACACAUGAGUAUAACAGUUAAGGAAGUUUGCUUGUCAUGUUUUGGAAUUUUUGUCAGAUUUUCGGAAUCCUCUGGUUUUAUCUAUGUGAAUGCCUUAAAAAAAUUUUGCCCAUUGACCUCCAUUUUUCUUUUUAUAAAUCUUUUACAUGUAUAAUUAUAAGCCAUCUGUAAAAGUCUUAUAAAAUCUUUGUUAUUUUUUAAUAGUUUUUGAGAACUUGAACUUUUAAUGGUAAGGCUAUGAAAGUCAAGAGAGAACAUUUUACCGCCAAAAUUUCAAUGGCUAAUAUCUCGAAAACAAGCACAUUGACCUAUAUAUUUUUUUCGCUCUUUUGGUUCCUUUAAUUAUUCCCUAUCAAUAUAUACUAGUUUUAUGAAAAGCUUAUUAUUUUGAAAUUGAGUAGCAAACUUCCUUAAUAUUUAAGGUGGUACCUAACACUACAGGGAGAUAACUCUGUAAAAAUCAGCUAAACGUUUUAAUAAUGUUCUAUUGUUAAGAAAAUAUUUAGCUUCUCAAUGAUCAAAAUUAGUGUUUGUCAAACUGCUGUAUAACCAAUGAAAUUUUUCUGAUAAAGUGGUUGGUUCAAAUUUUUUGAAAUUUUUAUAUUUUUGUCAAAGGGUAAAAGUAAACAUUUCGUCAAAAUUUUAUGAAAAUUAAACGAGCCAAAUUAAUAUUAGUCAAGGUGUUGGGUACCACCUUAAUUAUAAUCAGACCUGAAAGAAUUUGGGGCAAUUACUUUUUAAAAUGUGUAUUUAUAUGAAAUAUAUAGCGUAAUUUUCAAGGUGCCAAACACUUUUUACCUUUGACUGUAUAUUGAAAGAACAAAUUAUGAGAGCGUAACAAUAUGAAUUUUUUAAAAAGUGCAAUCAUCUGCAAUCUUGUGUAAACUUCACGCUAAUGAAAUAAUGAAUCUGCCUUGUCAGUAAUACACAUGUUAGUUAAGAUAGAAUAUUUAUUGAUAAUUGUUAUGAUUAUGUUUGUAUCAUGUACAAGUGCUUCAUAUAUACAUGUUUGUAAUUGUGUAUUUACAAUGUUUGAAAGUGCUUAUAAAAUUAAUCUUUUGUGAUAAUUUGUAAAUUAAAAUCAAUAAUCAAUUUU